AUGGGUGAAUCGAUCGGCAAGAAGGUCCUCUUCUUCGUCGGCAAGACGAUCCUUAACUUCCUCGGCUCCUUGCUAAGCAUCUACCUUCUCUGGCUCAUCUUCUUCCGCCCCUACAAGGUGCGGCCCCACGUCGACGGCGCCGCCCUCGCCGUCUUCGACCUCGCCCCGGCGCCGCCGGGUAACGCCACCGCGCUGCGCUACGACCUGGCCCUCAACGUCUCCUUCUUCAACAGCCUGCGUAUCUACCGCGUCCGCUUCGGUCACCUCACAGCGGGGCUCUACUACAACGGCACCAAGAUGGGGCCCUCCGACGACACGCUGCCCAGCUUCAAGCUGCGGCCAAGGCGGCACCGCGUGGUGUACCCGGCGCUGCGCGGGCGGGCGAGCAACGUGAGCGACGCCGUGGUGGAGUCGCUGGCGAGGGAGCGCGCGGAGGGGCGGCUCAACCUCGACGUGAGGGUGAAGACGACGCUCACCUACAAGAUCUGGCCUAGCAAGGCCACCUACUACUACGAGUAUGACUGCUGGCUACAGUUUGCGCCGCCGCCCGGCAACGGCACGCCCGCCUUCACCGGCGGCUUCAACUGCGGGAGGCGCAAAUGA